AUGUCUGUCGCAUCUACAACACAUAUCGGAUCUUUAUUAGACAAAAUGUCGUCUAAUGACAAAGAUUUCCGAUUCAUGGCAACAUCUGAUCUAAUGAAUGAUUUACAAAAAGAAUCGAUCAAGUUAGACGACGAUAGUGAACGACGAAUUGUCAAAGGUGUGCUGAAAUUAUUAGAAGACACGAACGGGGAAGUACAAAAUCAAGCUGUCAAGUGUCUCGGACCGUUAGUGUGUAAAGUGAGAGAAGCGCAAAUCGAAACUAUAUGUGAUACACUAUGUUCAAAUUGUACAAAUAUGUCCAGAGAUGCCGAACAAUUACGUGAUAUAUCGAGUAGUGGUUUAAAAACGGUGAUUGCUUCGUUGGCGACAACAAAUUCAGGAGCGACAAAUAAUAUUUCGAAAAAGAUCAUGCAGCGGUUAAUAUCAGCUAUUCAACAAGGAACAGCUGCCAGUUCAACAGGCAACAAUGCUGCAACACGAGCAAACACAUUCGAUUUAGCUAAUGGAGGACAAAGUCAAUUGGAAAUAUUAGAUAUUAUCAGCGAUAUGUUGUCGAGAUUCGGUUCAAAUCUAUCAUCAUAUCAUACACAGUUGAAACAGAUUCUCCUCAAUCAUCUCAAUUCAAACCGCUCAGCGGUAAGAAAACGGGUUACAACAUCAUUAAGUUAUCUUUUGGAAACAUGCGAUCUUCAAUUAUUCAAUGAAAUCCUUACUAUUCUACUGAAUGAACUGAAAAAGAGACCGGCUAGUGCAGUUUCCGACAAGAAUGCUACCAUUAAAACAUAUGUUCAGGCAUUGACGUCUAUUUGUCGUCUAGCAUCGCAGCGUUUAAGUGAACAUAUGCAUGAUAUUGUUCGGAUUACAUUAUCAUUUAUUGAAAACACACCAUCGAAUAACAGUGACGACCAACAGCACGAUGACGAGCUUAUCGAAUAUUGUUUGCAAGCGUUAGAAACAUAUUUGAAACGUUGUCCAAAAGAAACCAAUGAAUUCGUACCGAAAAUCGUGAAUAUCUGUAUCGUAUAUCUCAAAUACGAUCCAAAUUUCAACGAUGACAAUGAUGAAAAUGGUAUGGAUGAUGAUCGAAGUGAAGAGGAUGAUGACGACGACGAUAAAGAUCAAGAUUCUUACUCAGAUGACGAUGAUCUUUCGUGGAAAGUUCGUCAUUCAGCUGCCAAAUGCAUUGAAGCUGUUGUUGUCACGCAGCACGAUAUCAUCCAAACGAAUUACUAUCGUAAAAUCGUUUCUGUACUAAUCGAACGUUUUCUCGAACGUGAAAAUACGGUCAAGGGAGAUAUAUUUCACUGUUUUAUUACCAUUCUACAACAAACCAAAACCGCCUACUCACAUCAUCAACAACAACACAGUACAAACAACUCAUCUCAUCAUGAUGAUGAAGAUAGUAUGGAUACAGAUACGGUUUCCUUGAAAAAUUCAUACGCCUCACCGUUAGCCGAAUAUGUUCCAUCGAUCGUUCGUUCAUUAGCCAAGAUCAUGAAAGAUAAGGAUCCCAAAAAUCGAGAAGGUAGUUUAGUUGUCUUGACAAAUCUUGUUCAAGUUCAACGCAAUAUCCUCAACGAUCACAUUGACACUAUCUUACCAAACACGCUCUAUUCAUUAUCAUCAGCUGACAAAUCAAAGAAAUCGAAAGGACAAACGUCGGAAGGCAGCACCACUCAAGGCGUUUCGAAAUCUUUACAUUCAAAUUUGAAGAUCACAGCAUUGUCAUUUCUCUACGCACUCUUACAAACUCAUGAUGAUUCGAAUGCUUUUAAUAAACAUGUGAAAUCUUUAUUACCAUUGAUUAUUACACAUGCGAAUGAUUCCUUCUAUAAAAUAGCUAGUGAAGCAUUACUUGUGUUAAAAGAAUUAGUGAAAAUCAUUCGUCCGAAAUCAUCCGUUGCCGUCCAGAAUGAAUUCAAACCGUUCAUUGAACAAAUCUAUGAAUGUACACAAAAACGGCUGAAACAAAAAGAUUUCGAUCAAGAAGUUAAAGAGCGAGCCAUCACAUGUUUUGCUUACGUUAUUGUAUAUCUCGGCGAUCUUCUUUCAACUGAACAAUUACAAUCAUGUUGGCCAAUAUUAACUGAACUUUUACGUAAUGAAAUUACGCGUUUACCAACUGUACGUGCUUUGACGAACAUUGUUGAAUCACCAUUGAAACUUGAUUUACAAACAAUUCUGAUUGAUACUGUACCAAUACUAUCAUCGUAUCUUCGACAAAAUCAUCGCACACUGAAAAUGAAUACAUUGUCAUGCCUUCGUUCAAUGAUUCGAAUCUAUCCGAAACAUUUUAACAAAGCUAUGAUCAAAGCUAUUCUCGUCGAAUUACCAUUAUUAAUCAAUGAAAACGAUCUGUUAUUAGCUCAAUAUGCACUUAAAUUAACCACAUCCAUUUGUAAAAUAGCCAAUGGUCAAGCAUUGAUUGACAGAGAACAAAUUCAAGCGAUUCUUAACAAAGUGCUCGAAUUAAUUCAAUCUCCUUUAUUGCAAGGUACUGCACUCGAUGCAGUGAUUGAAUAUCUUCGUUCGCUCGUGCCACAAUGUGUGUCUUAUGAAGAACUUGUUAAAUUAUUAAUUAAACCAGUUUAUUCGCAACAGAAAUCAGGCUCGACAUCAGCAUCUGCUACAUCGACGAAUGAACAUCAACAACAACAACAAUUAGUUGUGCAUAAACAAGCUUUCUAUUCAAUUGCGAAAUCAUUCGCUGCUUUGACAGUUGCAAAUUUGAAGGAAAGCAGUAGCUUUAUUAAAAAGUUCCAAGAUGAUCUCAACGAUUCGAAAUGUGGCGAUUCGGUGAAAAUUUUAGCAUUACUCUGUCUUGGUGAAACUGGUAAAUACACGGAUUUAGCUCAAUCAUCGUCAAAUCUUCAACACAUCCUGCUCGAUAUCUUCUCGUCACCAUCUGAUGAUUUACGCACGGCUGCAUCUUAUACACUCGGUUACAUUGGCAUUCGAAACUUAAAAUCGCACAUUCCAUUUUUGCUUAAAGAAAUUGCGAAUAGUCAAACUAAACGUCAAUAUUUGUUACUACAUUCACUGCGUGAAAUCAUCUCCUAUCAAAAUCAUGAAAGUUUACCACAACUCGAUGAACACAUCGAUUCGAUUUGGCGAACAUUGUUCGAUCAUUGCGAAUGUCCCGAAGAAGGCACGAGAAAUGUUGUUGCUGAAUGUUUAGGCAAAUUAACUUUAUUGAAACCAGAAAAAUUAUUACCUAUUUUACGUGAAACGUUCGUUAACCAGGCACAAAAGAAAGAACCACGAUCGCCCUAUGUACGUUCAACGAUCAUCACAGCGAUUAAAUUCACCAUUAUCGAUCAGCCACAACAUAUUGACUCAAUUUUGAAAGGUUAUAUCAAAGACUUUUUGAAUGGUCUCGAAGAUGAUGAUAUCGAUGUUCGACGUGUUGCACUUGUCAUGUUCAAUUCUGCUGCACAUAAUAAACCGAUGUUAAUACGCGAUUUACUCAAAGAACUUCUACCAAAACUUUACAAUGAAACACGUGUACGACAGGAUCUCAUUCGCGAGGUCGAAAUGGGCCCAUUCAAACACACCGUCGACGACGGUUUGGAUCUUCGCAAAGCAGCCUUUGAAUGCAUGUAUACUCUCUUAGACACCUGUCUUGACAAACUCGACAUGUUUGAUUACUUGACGUAUGUUGAAGAUGGUCUCAAACAAGAUCAUUAUGAUAUUCGUAUGUUAACAUUUUUGAUGGUUGUACGUUUGUCUAUUCUUUGUCCAACGAUUGUUUUACAACGACUUGACCGUCUGAUUCAACCUUUGAAAACAAUCUUACAAUCAAAAGUGAAAGCCAAUAGUAUUAAACAGGAGUUUGAAAAACAUGAUGAACUGCGUCGCGCAGCUAUCAAAGUGUUCCUUGCUUUACAGCAAAUCAAAGAUGCAAAUAAAGUAGCAUGUGUCAACGAUUUCGAAGCAUCUAUAAAAGGGCAAAAAGAAUUUCAAGAUUUGUACAACACUGUGAUCCACGAACAACAACAAUCAUCUGCUGGAUUCAAUUUUAAUACGCACAACAAUGCUGAAGCAAUGGAUAUGAGUUGA